GGUACCGGUACCACACAGGAGGUCUUCCACAGCUGUGGUACUUUCCCCAGUGACAGGCUCAGGUUGAACAGAUAUCCUAGGAUGCCACAGUUCAUCUGCGCAGCAUCUCAGGAGCCUGGAGCUGACGCCAUCUGGACCUGCAACCUUACGCAAUCUUGCCUUCAUAUAUUGUCUUCAGCUUCACCUGCACAACAGCUGUCGUGCCAAGAAACCCUGGAUGACCAGCCAGAUCCGCACACUUCUCAAAGCCCGGGAUGCUGCCUUCAGGUCGGGCGACUGAGUUCUGUACAGGUCUGCUCAACCCGAUCUGAAAGAAGCUAAGACGGACCAUAAAAGUAGCAUAGAGUCCCACCUGUCCAGCAACAACACACGGGGGGUGUGGUUGGGCAUACAACACAUCCUAAACCACAGAGGCUGCACUGUGAAAACAGGAAACUUAAGUGCGCCACUGCUGAAGGAGAUAAACACUGGAAGUAGAAGUACUGAGCAUCUCCAUCAUAGUCAGCAUUGGCAGUGAAAACAGGGUAACAGGACAGCUAAAGAAUGAUUCACAGGUACCAGCCCCAGAAACACCGCCCCGAGGCAGCCACCACCCUGAAAGGAAGAGCAGCCAAUCACCGAUACUCAUGAGCAUGACAGAACUCUGUAUUACUGGAGCUGUUAAUAGCACUGAAACACCUGAAAGACAUCUGUGUAAACGAGGACAUAAAUGGAAGACUGGGCUGGAAUCCAGAGCAGCAGCAUCAUGGAGAGGAUCCUGCUGUGUGUCUGCUGCUUCUCAGGCUGGUUUGUCUCCACAUGCUGUCCCCGUCAGUACCACUAUGUGGAUGAUGCAAAGACUUGGACUGAAGCUCAGAGCUACUGCCAACAGACUCACACAGACCUGGCCUCCAUCGAGAACACUGAAGAAAUGAAGCAGCUGAACAGCACAGUUUCAUCUGCCGCUCACAGCUCUGAGCUCUGGAUCGGUCUGUACAGUCAGAUCAGGUGGAGGUGGUCAGAUGGGCUCACAGGGAGUGGAGCUGACUACAGGAACUGGGACACUUCUGAAUAUGAACCAGAUUUUUACUCUGGGGUUCAGUUCUGUGUGUCCUCUUUAAAAGGAAAAUGGUGGGAUUUUCAGUGCAGCGAGAAGCUCCAGUUUAUUUGCUACAGAGGAUCACAGAUGAACCCUGAGUUUGAUUUGGUGAAUAAAGAAAUGAGUUGGUCCGAUGCUCGAAGGUACUGCAGGGAGAACUUCUUGGACCUGGCCACUGUCAAGAACCCCGGAGAGAACCAACAAGUCCAUGAAAAGGCUCAGAGUAAAAGGGUGUGGAUUGGCCUGCACAGAGAGCCACACAUUUACUGGUCUGAUGGCACAAAGUACUCAUUCUCAUACUGGGCCAGUGGGAUGAACCCGUUUAGGGGUAUGAGUAAGAUCUGUGCAGCUCUGACUCGUUCAGGAGAAUGGAAGACUUUGUCCUGUGAAACAAGAUUACCAUUUGUCUGCUACAGCCUCCCUACACCUGGUGAGCUUUCACUGUCUUUCCUUUAUGGAUCACAAGCAAUUUUACACACGGUGCUGUGCAAAAGUCUUGAGCCACCUGUGAUUUCUGCAUUUUCUGGAGAGAAAUGGGAAACAGCUGCAGACUUGACUUAAUAAAUCGCCCAAAAUGGAAAUAUAGUAUAUAUAAGGUAAACCCU